UCAUAAAAAAAAUGGAAAGCCAUUUGACAUUAUGCUAACAAACUGAAAUUCAUCGUUAAAUAUGUCACAUUCGAAGAAUAAAAUUACACUGGACGCGCAAACAACAGAUAUAAAUGUGGACAAAGGUGCGACAAAUUGUAACAGGACCGAGAGCUGCACUUAUGCUGUAACAGUGUCAAAUAAAUCAUCCGGGUCGGGCGAGGAAGCAUCGAGCCUGUGCGUCGGCCAGAAAUCAUUCAUCAGCAUACAUUCAACCGACCACCUCUGCCAAGUGACAGACAUAGAGAACCCUGCAAACCUUGACGAAUGUAACGUAGAAGUCUUAAGCCUCAACGAGGUAUUUCCCUCAACAUCAGAAGAAAGUUUUUCCAAUGACGAUGAAUCUCCUGUACGGAGGAAGAGGCAUUCUAAAAAAAGUCAAAAAGAGCCAGAACCCCCGAAGUCUAUUUAUGUACCAACCAACAGCAAGUCUUCAACUACACCCGGAAGGCAAAGGGACGGCAUGGAAGCUCAAACGUCUGUACUCUCUGAUUUGGAUUUACCAAAAAAUACGAUGUGCGUAAUAGGUAGUAAUCCUGGGGAGCCGAAAAAGUCUUACCAAGAUGCGCCUAAGAAAAUGUCGAAAACGAUGAAGAAAUUCCUCCGCAACAUUGACAAGCACAAGAACGAUCAGAGUAAAAGCAGUGAGAAGGCAAUCAGCAAACUGACGACAAUGCGGGGUAUACUGAAGGAUGGCGGCUGCGGGCCUGAAUGCACGGGAGAUUCUUCCGCCCAUGACACUGAGGAUUUUAAUACAGCAGAGGACCUAACAUCCCUACCGCCUUAUGCAAUGGAUUUUGGACCAAAUUACGCAAAACCAAACCCGGACAAGAACGUCUCAUUCAACUCGCAAGUGUUAAUCAUCCACUUUACGGGCGACCUUUGCGUGGGUCAAAGCAUCGAAACCCUAAGCAAGGAGAAGGACCAGCAGGCAAGGAAUUCCGAGCUAAGAAAAACUUUUCUAACCAAAUACAAUGAACUUUGGCCAACCGAAAAGUAAUUUUAAGUCUAGAUUAUGCUGAUCACAUAGAUACCGUACCUAUUAGGAUGCGUUUCCACGGAGACAAAACAUUUCACCAACAUUUGAUAGCUCUAGUUUCGAAACAAUAACGUCCGCGUCGGAGGAAAAUAUACAUAAAAGUCCUUGAUUUAAAGUCUAAAAUUCUGUACCACCGAUAUUAAAUUCAUAAAGUUUUUCGCUUGAUGCACUGUAUAGGCAUGUAUGGACGCACUGAGCUUUAAAACAAGGUAGUUAAGUUCCAUUUUACUUUUACAUUGAAGUGUUUCGAAGCUCGAAUUCUAUCAACGUUGGGUAGAUGUGAAAUAUUGUUACUUUCGGCGCGUUUUAUGGUAUGCGACCAGCCUAAAGGUCUUUAUACAUUACAGACUCAACGUCUACCGUAAUCCGACUCGACUCACAAGAAAUAUGCUUUAUAUCGUGUUCCUUACUGUGAAAUUUUUAAUAUUUACCUAUUUGAAAGAACUAAGACGCGUAGUCCACAUGUAUGGCCGAGUAUAUGUAAUGUGCAAAGACCUUUACUCCUCCAUUGUAGCGAUAAGGAUGACCAAAUAGUCCAAAAACGAGUGUCUACUGAUUUAGGAUUGCGUACCUAUCUAUUGCUAAGUUAUUGGGAAAUAUUGUUAAUUUUCAUAUUUAAAUGCUUUUUUGUACGUUGGAAUUUUAUGUACCUAUGUUACGUCGUUUUGUAUGUUUACGAGUAUUUAUUGAGAUAGAACAAGAUCAGACAAAAUUUUUUACAAAUCGAAUAAAAUAUUAACUUGCC